CUUCCUUGAGGUAGACAUGGUGACGACGGACAAGUGUAGUCCAUGUAGAAGUAGACUAGCUGUCGCUCUUUCCCUGUCUUCCCAUCUGACUUCCUCUGGGUACGCAACCACCAGACCAAGACACAAAAAGCACACACAAGAGCCAUCCCUCGAGCAGCCAUCUUCGCGGGUGCCAGCUAGCCCGGAGCGCAAUGGAGUCGCCAAUACACUUCAACCCCUUCUCGCCCUCUGCAAACUCGCGUACCAACAGCGCCGGCGUACAUCACUCAAAACGCCAUUUUAGCGCCACGUCGCCCGUUUCACGAGCAGGUAAGCGCAAGAGAAGCACAGACGAUGUAGACAUGGAAUGUGCGCCGCAUGCGCAUACAACAACAUUUUCGCCCAGUAACAAGAAGACGCGCAAUUUGCCUGUUGGCCGGCCAUUGCCAUUGCCUAGGCUGCUCGAUAGUCUUGAUCGCGAAGGUAUGCGGGAUCUUCUCAAGCAUCUCUGUGAACGGCAGCCUGGUCUUUCAUCAGAGGUUGCCAAACAGCUCCCACGACCAGGCGUGCAAGCUGCUUUACAAAGUCUACAACAGCUGGAACGACACAUACAAUUGGCAUUUCCUUUCGGAGGCGACAUUAAGGGUGAAUAUGCCUACAAUCGCGUCUCACCUGCCAUCACACAGCUUUUGGAAGCACUCGCGGACUAUGUCCCAAGUUUCCUGCCACCGUACGAGCCACACGCCCUUGAUGCGCUUGCAUUUUUGGAUGGUGCAACAGGCAUCAUUGCUCGAUUGCCAGAAUGGCACAACAUCAACCACAUGCUCUCGAAACGGCAAGCAUUUGAAGAGAUGAAUGGUGCUUGGACUGUUGCCUUUGCGGAAGCUGCAAAACGCGGUGGCGGUGUCGCUGCACUUGGAUACCUCGAGAAGCUCAGAGAGUGGAAUACGCUCUCCGGUGGGCUUCUUGGCGAAGCUGUGAGUGCUGCGACGCAAGCACUAGAGUGGACGGUGGGUAUGGCGCCUGCACAGCAGCAGCCCAUGCAGACCUGGUCGCCGCAUGGAACAUAUGCUGCGGCUGGCUUUGGUUUUGGGAUGCCAUGCUAGGCCACGAUCUUCUGCUAUGCUCAUGCAAGCCUUUACGACAUUGAUGCAACUCAAACAACAAGACGACACACACAUUACUUGGCGCGUUUCUCUCAUUCAUUAUGCGACUUCUUCUUUUCUUUGCCGGGCCUUUCUGGAUAUCACCUCAUUCCAUAGCUCAAGCCUCAAUGCACUUCAUUAGCCUUCCAGUGCGUUAUGUCCCAGCCGCCUUUUCCGCUGCACGUCGUGCAUCUGCGUCUGCUUGCUUCUUCCUCAUAAUCUCUGCAUUGCUCUCCUUCUCGCGAGCGAGUGUUGUGCCACCCUUCUUAUUGCCCUUGGCGGCGUCCUGUAGUUUCUUCUGGGCCUUCUCGCGCGCCUUCUCGCGCUGAUUACCAC